CUUAAACCUGCCGAAGUUCAAGAGGAGUUCAGUAGACAGGGAUUCUCACCCACUGAACAAGGACACCAGGCAGAGACCCAAACUGUGCUUCAUGCAGUGCAAACAAACACACUCAUGUCUUAAUAGUUUUCUUUCAAUCUGCUCACUGCUUUCCUGGCAGUAAAGAGUAACAAAUUUUGCUAAUUGUACUCUAACUCAAGUGGAGGCAUUAGAUUAUAUCAAAUCCAAUCCCUGAAAUGGAAGAAGCCAAAAGCCUAAGUUUGGAGGAAGACUUUGAAGGACAGGCCACACAUACAGGACCCAAAGGAGUAAUAAAUGAUUGGAGAAAGUUUAAAUUAGAGAGUGAAGACAGUGAUUCAAUUCCACCUAGCAAGAAGGAGAUUCUCAGGCAAAUGUCUUCUCCUCAGAGUAGGAAUAGCAAAGAUUCAAAGGAACGAGUCAGCAGAAAGAUGAGCAUUCAAGAAUAUGAACUAAUUCAUAAAGAGAAAGAGGAUGAAAACUGCCUUCGUAAAUACCGUAGACAGUGUAUGCAGGAUAUGCACCAGAAGCUGAGUUUUGGGCCUAGAUACGGGUUUGUGUACGAGCUGGAAACUGGAGAGCAAUUUCUGGAAACAAUUGAAAAGGAACAGAAGAUCACCACAAUCAUUGUUCACAUUUAUGAAGAUGGUGUUAAGGGCUGUGAUGCUCUAAACAAUAGUUUAACAUGCCUUGCAGCAGAAUACCCUAUAGUUAAGUUUUGUAAAAUAAAAGCUUCGAAUACAGGUGCUGGGGACCGCUUUUCCUUGGAUGUACUUCCCACAUUGCUCGUCUAUAAAGGUGGGGAACUCAUAAGCAAUUUUAUUAGUGUUGCUGAACAGUUUGCUGAAGAAUUUUUUGCUGGGGAUGUGGAGUCUUUCCUGAAUGAAUAUGGGUUACUACCUGAAAGAGAGGUACAUGCCCUAGAGCAUACCAAAAUAGAAGAAGAAGAUAUUGAAUAAAGAAUCACUAUGUCAAUACCUCCUGUUUAUCCUUUAGGCACUGGAUGAUGGUUUUGGUAGUAUCCAUAUUGCCUUAGUGAACACAAUAUGGGCAUGGCUGUUAAUUUGACAAAAAUUAUUGAUGCAACAAUUGAACUAUUAGCAUUUCUUAGUAUUAGUUAUUCAAAUUGAUACAAUGCUUCACUACAAAACACGGUUGUCUUCAGCAACAUUAUUAGUAGACAAAGAGAAUGUGGCUAACACUAUGACAUUUUUCAAAAAUCCCUUUCACAUUAUGUUUUGGCUUUUUUACUCCAUGUUCCCUCCUCACUGUUAUUAUUAUUUGGGCUUUCCAAAUUACAUUAUUAAUUAUAAUUUUAUUUGUGUAAUAAAAAUAAAAUCUCAUGAGAAAAUAAAUUUUCUAUUGGAAGUC